CACCAGCAGUAGCAGCAACGACAACAACAGCAACAAUAGCAACAGCAACAACAACAACAGUGGCAGCAACAAUAGCCGCAGCACCACCCACACGACCCACACCACAGCCACCGGCAGCGCCAACAUUCACAUGGCCUUCGCCACAGCGCCCGCUGUGCCCGCUUCCAGUCAGAGGAAGCGGCAUCGCAAGCGGAACAGCAGCUGGUACGAUUAUCGCAACUACAACGAGAAUACGACGGCACCAGAGUGGAUCAAUCCCUGCGGCGGCUCCUACAACACACCCUCGGCCACAGAGCGCCCACACCCCCAGCGGCCCAAGCAGAUCUUCAAUCAAUUGAAGCGCGCCGCCGGCACGGAGUACCAUGAGCUGAACAGCACCGAGGAUCACAGUGGCAUCGACAUCAGAGACAUGCACAUGUGGUCGCUGCACAAAUACAAUUACAAAUUUCUGCCCAAGCUGAAGCCAAACUCAACGAUCGCCCUCAAGCGCUGGUACCGCAACAUGCAAACCUAUGUGGCUAGCUUCGCCUAUUUGCGCCGCGUCCAGAUCAACUGGGACCGGCAGUACCUGAAGCGGGAGUCGAACGUGGCCAAGGAGCUGAAGAAGCUGCUGCUCAGCUCGCGCAGCAUGCUCUGCGAGCUGGAGACAGCCGUGAAUCGCACCUAUCCGGCGCUGGGUCCGGGCCGUGGCGGCGCCGCUGCCGCCAAGCAGCGACGCCAGAAGCACGUCUCGCGCCACGACAUGAACAAGCGGCUGAAGCUGCGCAGCAAAAGUCGCACCGGUGCCUGGGCGCUGGCUGCGGCGGCGGCUGCGGCUGCGGCGGAGACAACCACCGAGACGGCAGCAGCGGCCGCAGCAGCGGCGGCCAUCGGCGAGGCCGACGCGAUGGACAUGCGCUUCGUGAAGCAUCAUUACUAUGAGUUUCUGCGCACCAUGUGGCAGCUGAUGCGGCGCCACAGCAAGCGGGAGCGCGAGCAGCAGAAGCCGCUGGAGCAGCGUCAACGACAGCGCCCACACCACCACCACCACCACCACCACAAACAUCAACACCAGCAGCAGCAGCAGCAAAGGCCUCGCCUAGUUUAA